AUGCCCAUAACGUGGAACACUGAAGCCGAAGCGAGGCUGCUGCUUGGGAUUUUGGACCAACUGAAGGGUCAUAAGCUUGAUUACAAAGCCCUGGCUGCUUACAUGGGACCAGGUUGUACUGUCCCUGCCCUCCACCAGCGCCUCUUCAAGCUCCGCCGCGAGGCAGGUACAGCGGGUGGCGCGCUUGGAAAGCCUGCUGGCAGUUCUCCUUCGACCGCAAGCUCUUCGAAGAGACCCAAGCGCCCUUUAUCUCCAAAGGCUCCAAGUCCGAUCAAAAAAGCGAAAAAUGUGCACUACGUUUCUGAUGAUGACGACGAUGACACUGAGAGUUGCGACGUCAAGUUUAUCAAGGAUGAAGAGGACGAGAAGAAGGUGAUUGUUGAUCUUGCAGAUUGA